UGAGAGGGCUACAUCGCAUGCUCCGUCUGAGCCUCAAGGCAGCAAGACUGACGUUGCGAUCGCGGAAGACAAGAAUGAAGGAGAUGAGGAAGACGACGAAGACGAGGCAGUGUACUGCGUAUGCCGAAGUGGAGAUGAUGGAAGACCAAUGGUGUGGUGCGCAGGCGGAUGCGAUGACUGGUUCCACACCGCCUGCGUUGGCCUCACUAAGAAGACGUUGGAUAAGCUGGACGAGUACAGGUGUCCGGAUUGCACAGAGAAGACGGGCGAGGGAUCAAGAAUGAACCAAAGUGGUGACUCAAACAAGGCAAUGACCAGCAAGACGAAGAUCGAUAGUGCCUCGCCGCCUGCCAAACGCAAGGCCAGCGUGAGCACCGACGAUGGCCACAAGCGUCGCAAGCCGUCCCAUUCGGGCGCUUCCGCGGCAUCAUCGUCAUCGAAAGGUGGCUCCUCCUCUUCUGGCGGUAGGGAUGCUCAGAGUGAUGCCGUUCGAGCGCACGCCACGUCUCACUUCGCUGGCAUCUUGAAGACGAUCUUUGCGGAGGCAGGAGGAGCAGAAUCAACGUCUCCAUCGUCUCCAUCACCAGACGCAGCGGCUCAGAUAUACGCGCAGCAGCUCGAGGGGGGAGUGUUCGAAGCAUUUGCAGAGGCAGCUCUAGGUCGUCCCAGUCUCCGUACAGCUCAAAAGGCAUACAAGGACCGCUUCCGUACUCUGUCCUUCAGUUUGAGAGAUCGCAAUGAAGAAUUGCGCGCUCGCAUCGUCGCUGGAGACCUCGACGCUGACACGCUUGCGACGCUACCGAGCGAGCAAUUGGCGAAUGCUGCCAUGCGUGCUCGUACAGAGAAGGCUAGAGAAGAGGCCUUGAGACAGAGUGUGCUCAAGCAGCAGCAGGUGGGACCCAUCAGGAAGAUUACGCACAAGGGAGAGGUAGAGGUUGAGAGGGAAAAUGCGGGGCCUCUGAGCGACAAUUUUGGCGCGAAGAAUGGAGGAAGAGGUGCGGGACAGUCGACUGGCGUAGGUGGUCUCGAUGGCGGACAGAGCCCGUCAGGCGUCGUGGUAGCGGACGACCGAUCACCUACACCUCGAGACGAAAUCAAGCCCAUGUCGGCAAGCCCUGUGCGUGGCCGGCAACACGAUGCUUCACCGCGUGUCCCAAGCUUUGACUUCUCGACUGUCUGGCAAGGCGGGCCCAGAAACGACCAGUCGCUACAGGAUCGCCACCAGGAUGAAGACGACAACCAGGCUGAGGAGGGUGGGAAGGAGGUGUCGCAGGACGAGAGGAAUCAUCAAGAAUACGAGCCAUCAAAGGCAUCCGAUGACUUCAUCGACAAUUUCCUCCAGGGCAUAUCAUCGCCGCAGAGGUCGACUGCAGACGUUGAGGUGGUAGCAUCAACCUCUGAGAACACCAAGGGGGGGCCAUCUCCCAAGUCCACUACACCACUAGAAGAUUUUCCUCUCUUCUGGCGUGGCGCCAUCACCAUGCCGGACGAGGCGCUCACCAUCAGUGGUACGGUCAGACAAGUCGCAGGCCGCAGCAUGGAAGUACACUCAGCAGGCAGCAGCUUCUUCCCUUCGAUCUCUACGGUUCUCGAAGGACGCCUGCCUAGCAAUGUGGCAAGCGAUUAUCUGCUUCAGAGUCGCCUCGCCUCUCGUACAGAGCUCGUCGUAUUCGCCUUGGAAAAGUCAUUCGAACCGGAAGCACUCAAGAAGGCUCCGGCGCCAAGCCCGACCAGCCCUGGCGCCUUGGAUGCGUCGUUCGAUCAGCUCCUCAACUACUUGUAUCGUCGACAGCGCUAUGGAGUGUUGCUUCCUUCGCGCGAGACGAAGGGAAAGGUCAUCAAGGACUUCUACAUUGCCCCUCUACCUAAAGAUGCACCGAUUCCGCAGUGGCUGGAGCUGCUCGGUCCGGUAUCGUUGCUGGGUAAGGAGCAGCAGAGGGAUGCUGACAUGUUCCUGCUGGUGGCUGUGGUGUUUAAGGGUACCCUCAAAGCCAAGACGUCGACGCCGCCUGUCUCAUCUUCUACCUCGCUGCCUUCUCAAGUCAACCGUUCGCCAGCUGGUCCGCUCGCUGGUACAUCGACGAGCGACUUACAAGACCUCCUCAGGAACCUCGGCGGCGGCGGCAGUGGGGUAUCUCCUCCAUCACAGCCAAGUUCCGCUGUAGACCCUCGCUCCGCCGGAUCGAACGGCUGUAAGCCCUCUGCUCCACCUCACGACCCACGUCGAGCAGAUAAUGCGGCUGAAGGGCAGUCAAACGAUAUAGCCGCGGUCCUCGGUGCCCUGAACAGCGGGGCCAGCGAGGCGGCCGCUUCUUCGAGCAGUAAUGCGGGAACCUCUUCAUCCACAGCGGCGGCGGCCCUCUCGUCAGUUCCGCAAGCCGACAUCACCUCCCUGCUCGCUAGCAACCCGGGCCUGCUCAAGUCUCUGCUGAGCUCGCUUGGUGAUGGCGGCGACAAUUCUGACAGUAGCACCCAAGCUGCCGUUCCGACGCCGCCUGGACCUCCUCCGCCACGGCCCCCGAUGCCAGCGGCUGUACCUGGCCCCAGCUCUGGGCUGCCGCCUCGCCCACCGGGCCCUGCCCCUACGUUACCCUCGCCGGGGGUGCUGUACGGUGGGCAGGUGACGCAGUGGGGUCAUCUGCCUCAGGCUCAGCAGGGACGCCCACCUGGUAAUGGACACAGGCCUCCGCGUCACUAG